AUGAGCGCCAAAGCCUUCUCCCUCUCUUUCUGCAUACCAGCUGCAAUUCUGCUCAUCUUUGCUCAUCCCAACAAUCCAACCACUUCAUUCCUUGGAGCCCUGCUUGAUCUGUCAACCCCUUCCUCUCCAUUUAAUCUGCUCAAGGUUGAUUAUCUUUUCAACCUUUAUCGCCGUCGUGGCGCGUAUAACCCACCCUGCGAUGAUUUCCCGCCGUACUUUCCACCACUCUGCGAUGAUUUCCCGCCGUACUUUCCACCUCCUGACACAGAAGCAACGUCGAUCUUCUGCGUCGACCCGAAUGGCUGCUGCGACUUCACCACCGUGCAGUCCGCUGUCGAUGCUGUGCCAAGAUACAGCAAAAAGAGGAAUGUCUUGUGGAUCAACAAGGGCAUCUACUUCGAGAAGGUGACAGUCCCUGCGACCAAGCCCAACAUCACAUUUCAGGGGCAGGGAUUUGAUCUGACGGCGAUCAUGUGGAACGACACCGCCAACUCGUCGCAUGGCACCUUCUAUAGUGCUUCGGUCUCUGUUUUUGCAACCGGCUUUGUUGCCAAGAACAUCAGCUUCAUGAAUGUAGCACCAAUCCCAAGACCCGGUGAUGUCGGUGCCCAGGCAGUCGCUAUCAGGAUCAGUGGUGAUCAAGCGGCGUUCUGGGGCUGUGGCUUCUUAGGGGCACAAGAUACGCUGCACGACGAUAGGGGCAGGCAUUACUUCAAGGAAUGCUUCAUUCAGGGCUCUAUUGACUUCAUCUUUGGAGAUGCUAGGUCACUCUAUGAAAAUUGCAGAUUGAUAUCCAUAGCAGAUCCUGUGCCUGCAGGGGUCAGAACCAUCACUGGUUCAGUUACUGCGCAGGCCCGGGAAUCCAACCAAGACAACAAUGGCUACUCGUUUGUCAACUGUAGCAUUGGCGGCACCGGUAGGAUAUGGCUCGGGCGAGCAUGGAGACCUUACUCCCGUGUUGUCUUCGCAUACACUUCGAUGUCGGACAUCAUCGCAUCCGAUGGAUGGAAUGAUUGGAAUGAUCCUUCAAGAGAUCAGAAUGUAUUUUAUGGAGAGUACAAGUGUACAGGUGAUGGUGCAAACCUGGCAGAUAGAGUACCGUAUGCUCUGAAGCUCAGUGAUGUGCAAGCAUUACCUUACUUGAACACAUCUUAUAUCGAUGGAGACCAAUGGUUGAAGCCAUACUGUGACUCGCUAGUAUCUCCUUGGUGAAAUCAUAGACGCUCAAUUUAAGGAUAUCCAACAUUAUAUCAGACAAGCAAAGAUGAGAAGUUGGCACGAAUCCACUCAUUGGAUCCAAUAAUAUAGCACGCCACAUGAACUGUGCAAAGAACAAUAUUCGAAAUUUUAGAAAUACAUUGAUUUUGACAAAGAUUGGAUUGUGCUCUGUGAUGAAUCUACACUUGAGCAACAAAUGAUACACUGGGAGACUCGAGCAGGGGAGGAGUAGCCUGUUGUGUCGCAUUACAAUGCUCAGUACUCACAAAACCAUACGAGCUGACUAAUAUUGACACUCUAAUUGCAAGAGCUCAGGUCCAACCAUCUGACCCCAUGUCCUUUCAAAAAUAAAACAGCAGACCUCACCAUCGUGUAUGCAACUGCUUCUUUCGACAGCCGCUACCUAGAAUGAGAUCUCACUUGGUGCAUGGAAUGUUCGUCCACGACAUAUGGCUUCUAGGUUCUCUCCAGAAUAAGAACAUAGCGGGGACACUUCGACACCUAUUAAGU